CUCAGGCACCCCGCCCUCGACGCCGCCCUCGUCAGAUCUCUCAUCGUAUCCCGGUGAGGACCGAUGACGCGCGUCCCAUACCUGCGCUGCGUAGACGGGGAAGCGGUCAGCCAUGCAGCCCGGGCAAGGCUGAUAGGGAUGCUGUUGCCUUGACAACCAGCCUAUGAGAUGCAGACCUUUGUUGCUUUAUUUCUUUCUUUAUAUUUACUCGCACCCUCCACCGGGGUUAAAGCGCGGGUUCGGGGGAUUACACUGUUAUAGUCUCUAAACAGAUUUGAGAGACUUAUUUAGCAUAUAGUGAUUUUUAAACGCAAACAAGGGUUCGUGUUUCUGUCACGGCUGGACGUUUUCAAAGUGACAUCUGCGUUCAUGGUAAUUGUGUGGUGCGAUUUGAUUGAUAUCUAUGUGUGAGAAAAAUAUAUAUUAUAACUUGCCUGGAAAAAGAAGAGUAAAAAGCCAGAUCGGGAGAGCAGUACGAGUGGCGCCGGAUGACAGCUCGAAAAACUGGGGGAAGAUGAAGAGGAAGGGCGAAGGCGACAGUGAAAUAUAAAACAGGCAGCAGGGAGCACUCUCACCUUCAGCAUCUGCCUAGGUCGCGUUUUGCGCCUUUACUUAAUUGUGCUUAACUCAAUUCGCCCGCGACCAUCCCUGUUGCAUCCCCCCGAUCGUCCCCCGCUUCUAACACCUGCGAGUGACUGUCUUCUCGGAGAGCGGGAGCUCUCAGAGCCCGCGAUCGGCGUGAGUCCUCUGCCGUGGGUAAUUACCGCUCCGGGCUUUGCUGGCGUGUACCUCGGUGUGUGAGCCCGUUUGCCGGCGCGUCGAUAUGAAUCGGGACGCGUGUGAAUCAGCCGGCGGGCGUCCGCCCGCAUCUUCGUGCCACCGCGUAUCCAUCGUGGACGACGUAUCUUUCCCGGCACCGAUCAAGUGCCCUUUCCAUUUGUAGAUGAAAAUAUCAGAAAGUGAAGCGUGUUAGUUCGUUGCAAUUAACAUCUAAAUAAGAUGCACAAAUCGGGAAGAGAUGAUUAUAACGUUUGUGGCGACGGGGAAAUAAUGGUUCGGAAGAGCGAUUAGUAGAACUGUGCGCCCGUACGCGGUGCCGGGGAUUCGGUGCCAGCAUGCCUGGCGUAGGAGCGACAAAGACGGAUAGAGUCAGGAGAGGGUGGGUCUCGGUCGUAGAGCGGCGCUCCAAGGACAAGGGGGAGGAAGAAUGAUAGCGGGAUCGCGGUGCAGACACGCGCGAGGUAAAACAGGAGCUCGUCAUAUAUAUAUACAUAUAUAUAUAUAUAUUUUGUUUAGCGUGGGAGAUCUGUUUUGCGAGCGAUACUGGCUAGAUCCAAGGGCACUAAGGAGAGAAGCUGGGACACGCUGGAGAUACAGUGAGGGCAGAGGUGUGAGCUGUGAUAUUUGGAGCUGUUAAAAAAGUAAACAGUUGGGGACAAUUAACAGCAUCAGGUGUCCGAGAUAAUACCUGUCUAUUAAGCUGAAUAUGUACUUUGCUUAACACAGAUGGAUGCAUCCGCACAUUUUUAGUGUGCUGGUAAAGAGAUGGAUUAAAGCCCCCACUUGUCCUUGCAUUAUCAUACACUGAAGAUGGAUGGUGUUGGGGGUGGUACUGGGUCAGUAGGUGGGGACAGCCGACCCACCAGAAACGGGGACUCCAAGCGGCGUAGCAAAGGCAGCCUCCCGUCCCCUGGGUACCGUCUGUCCCAGGCCUCUCUGGAGGGGGACCGCGGGGAGUCUGGCAGGAGGCGGCUCUCCAUCAUGAGCUCCAGCCGGGAUGGCCUCCCCUUCCGAGCAGCAGGGACUCCCACCACGCCGGUGCCACUUCCUCAGCGCUCCGUGGGAUUCACCGCAUCCCGAGCGGCCUUGGCCUCCACCUCCUCCACAGGCACAGGGGUCAUGGUGGUGGCAGCUGGUCCUGAGACGACCACCACCACCACCUGCAACUCCAACGCCGCUGGAACCCCCGAGGCUGUCCUAGACGGGGAGGACUACAGCUACUCCAACCAGUCCACCUUCAUCCAGCGCCAGUUCGGGGCCAUGCUUCAGCCGGGUGUGAACAAGUUCUCCCUGCGCAUGUUUGGGAGUCACAAGGCUGUGGCCAUGGAGCAGGAGCGCUUAAAGUCUGCAGGGUCCUGGAUCAUCCACCCUUACAGCGACUUCAGGUUCUACUGGGACCUGCUGAUGCUUCUUCUCAUGGUGGGAAACCUGAUCAUACUGCCAGUGGGUAUCACCUUCUUCAAGGACGAGAACACGGCGUCCUGGAUCAUCUUCAACGUGGUCUCCGAUACUCUCUUCAUGGCGGACCUAGUGCUCAACUUUCGGACAGGCAUCGUGAAGGAAGAUAACACGGAGAUCUUGCUGGAUCCACAAGCCAUUCGUCAUCAGUACCUAAAGAGCUGGUUCCUUGUGGACUUUGUCUCCUCUAUCCCUGUGGACUACAUCUUUCUCAUGGUGGAUCUGGAGGCCCGGCUUGACUCGGAAGUGUACCGCACCGCCCGUGCCCUGCGCAUUGUCCGCUUCACCAAGAUCCUCAGUCUUCUGAGGCUGCUGCGGCUGUCCCGGCUCAUACGCUACAUCCACCAAUGGGAAGAGAUCUUCCACAUGACCUACGACCUGGCCAGCGCCAUGGUGCGCAUCGUCAACCUCAUCGGCAUGAUGCUGCUGCUGUGUCACUGGGACGGCUGCCUGCAGUUCCUGGUGCCCAUGCUGCAGGACUUCCCCCCCGACUGCUGGGUGUCCAAGAACGACAUGGUGAAUGACACGUGGGGUGUGCAGUACUCCUACGCCCUCUUCAAAGCCAUGAGUCACAUGCUGUGCAUCGGCUACGGUGCCCAGGCCCCCGAGGGCAUGACGGACGUCUGGCUCACCAUGCUCAGCAUGAUCGUGGGUGCCACCUGCUACGCCAUGUUCAUCGGUCAUGCUACCGCUCUCAUCCAGUCCCUCGACUCCUCCCGGCGCCAGUACCAGGAGAAGUAUAAGCAGGUGGAGCAGUACAUGUCCUUCCACAAGCUGCCAGCGGACGUGAGGCAGAAGAUCCAUGAGUACUAUGAGCACCGGUACCAGGGCAAGAUGUUCGACGAGGAGAACAUCCUGGGAGAGUUGAGCGACCCCCUGAAAGAGGAGAUCGUGAGCUUCAACUGCAGAAGCUUGGUGGCAAACAUGCCCCUGUUCGCCAACGCUGACCCCAACUUCGUGACAGCAGUGCUGACCAAACUGCGCUUCGAAGUCUUCCAGCCGGGCGACUUCAUCAUCCGCGAGGGCACUGUGGGCCGCAAGAUGUACUUCAUCCAGCACGGACGUGUCAGUGUGCUCACCCGCGGCAACAAGGAGACCAAGCUGAGCGAUGGCUCCUACUUUGGCGAAAUCUGCCUGCUGACGAGGGGGAGGCGCACGGCUAGCGUCCGGGCAGAUACCUAUUGCCGUCUUUACUCUCUGUCAGUGGACAGCUUCAAUGAGGUGCUGGAGGAGCACCCCAUGAUGCGGCGGGCUUUCGAGACCGUGGCUGUGGACCGCCUCGACCGCAUAGGCAAGAAGAACUCCAUUCUGUUGAGGAAAGCGUCUCAGGGAGGGUCUGUUGCCGGGAGUAGCACUGGGCGGGGAGGAGGCGCCGGCAGCCGGGGCGGAGGCGCUGCUGGCAACGUGACCCUAGGCUCCUGUGACAGUAUCCUGGUGCAGCAAAUCGUCAAGCAUGAUAGCAUGCCCGCCCAGGAUGGCGGGAUCCCAGGGGGGGGGCGGGCGGAGGCAGCAGGGGGUGCUGUCUCUCCCAGGCCACACCCCCUGAUUUGGGCACCCCUGGUCCACGCCCCCUUACAGACGGCAGCUGCCACCACUAACGUGGCCAUUGCCCUGAUGCACCAGCAGCAGCACGCUCUGGGGGCGGCGCUCUUCCUCCCUGCCUCUCUGCCCAUCUCACCCUCGCCUUCUACCUGCCCCCUCUCACCCCCCCGGCCCCCAGUCCUGCACCCCCGCCAGUCAGUCGGCUCCCUGAUCGGGACUGUGGGAGGACUGUCCCCAAGAGGGGUCCCCCCUGCCUCUGUCGGCUCCACGCCCUCUCCUUCGCCCUUGGCCCCCACUCCAGCAGGGGGCUCUGUAACGAGUGGAGUGCCGACGUCCUCCAUGCCAACUCCGAGUCGGACACUCCACUACAGCCUGCGCCUCCGUGCCGACGGCUCCGCACCUGCUACUUCAGCCCUGCACAAGUGCACCGAUGCCCGUGCUCAUGGGUCUGGCCAGCAGAGGGCGAAAGAGGCCCUGUUGCGUCACGGGGGUGGGAGCACACAGGGGCUGCCAGCCUUGGGCAGGCUGACGCAGGAGGCCAGGCUGCUCUCCGCGUCUCAGCCCACGCUGCCCCACAGAGGCUGGGCUGGAGUACAGGGGUGCCCCCCCCUGCACCGCAAAGCCUCAGGGGGAAACUUACUAGCGGCGCCCUUCCUAGCGUCCUCAGGGCAGCUGGCCAGAGGGGGCAGUGCGGGGGUGCUGAGCACCAAUGCCCCGCCGACCCAUCAGCAGACGCUGACCCAAACCAAUCUCACGCUGCUGUCCCAAGGACACCCCCAGGGGCAGCCAGUCUGCCUGGCUACCCCGCUGGGUCCCCCCAAUUCCGCCAUUCCCCAGUCCCCCUGCCCCAAGCCCAGCCUUCCCCAAGCCCAGCAGCCCAAACCCAUCGCCGCACCUGCCUCAUGUUCUGCCUCACCUCCCCGGUCCUCGACUCCAACCCCGACUGCUGGUUCACCACUGCCCCCCCCAGCAGCAUGCCCCAGCGCCUCCUCAGCAUCUCCUUCCCUCCCAAUAUCCCCUCCUCUCUCUGCUCUCCCCACCCCUUCCUCUCUCACUCCGGUUCUUCCCCAGAGCCCGUUCCCCAAGCCCUCCCCCACCCCGCCUCCCUUGUCCCCUCUCCCCUGCAUCACUCCCGCCGCCCAGAUGGUUCCUGGUGUCUCCCAAACCCCUCCUGCGCCGGGUCUGACCUCCCCGGUCCCCUCAGCUCCUGCCAAGGGGGCAGGCAAAGACACAGGGAUGCCCCUUCCCCGGAAAGAGAGCGAGGCCCUGAGGCACAAACUCCCUGCCAACAUGUAAGACAAGCAGAGAGCAGCAGAGACCAGCCCACUAGGGGGUUGAGGAUGUGUUCAGUACUGAUUGUUCGCCUACAUAGUGUAUCUGUGACUAUCGGGAAGAGCUGAGGGAGGCCUGGGGGGCGGGACUAGACAGACAUCAACAUGGAAAAGACUUGAUGACGAAUAAGAACUCACAGAAAUGAUAAUGUGGGAUAUGAGCAGCGGCUGUAGCUCCUUCCGAGGUUGUCGGGGAUUGCAGACCCACCCCGUCGCCCCCCUGCAUCCCUGGUCCCAUAUUUUAUUUCCUACCAAAGUGUAAAUCCUUUCACCAUAACAAUAAUAACUAUAAUGAUGAUAUAAAAAGAACACUGUAGUGAUUCAUAUAUUGGUCAUUAAAAAUAGGAGCAAUCCACUAGUGGUCUCUUGUCCCAGAUGUGUGGUGUUAGUUUUGGACCAAUAAGACACUGAGGUUCACGUCAACUAACUGCUGUAACUAAACUGUGUUUUACCUGCUUUCUCAUUUACAGUGUGAGUUUGUAUUAGCCCCCCCCCUCUCUUUUCUCACGUCUCUUCCUCUUUCUAGACCUCUGGCUUUUUAUGCUUUUGUGUCUCCCUCCCCUGUGUCCCCCCUCCCCCAUUUUCUGCCCCCUCUUUGUCCUAUUCAGAGCUCUCCUUUGAUGUCUUGUACUGAUGUUAAAAUAGGGUCGCUUUUUAAAACUCUGAUACCAUGUUGCCUAGACUGUGUAAAUUUAAGGACCAAAUGUUUUAUUUUUAUUUGUUACUGCAGCUUUAGCUUUUCGGAAUGGAUGAAAAUAAGCUACAAAGGUGAUGUAGAUGAGGGUCAGCACCUAAAAAUGCAGCAGAAUUGCUCAAUUCAAAAGGGCUCAUCUCUAAAACCAACAAACAAACAUAUACAGGUUCUUCGGAGCUGUUCCUCUUAGAAUUGGACGAUUCAAUUGAUUAUGUCAGGCCUCAGGUGUACCUUACGGGAAAAACCUUAAUUUUGGUGAAUUUAUUGAAAUUCCUUUGGCAUCAUUGCUAUUUGAAUCUGUGUUACAAUUUUUGCUUGGGGUUUGUAAUCCUUGGACUGACUAAGCCCAGAUUUUUCAGAUUUAAUACAGACUUCUGGCCCAAAGCAGCAUGGAUGGAACGUUACAGCUGUUAAUUAGAAAAUUCACAAUAAAGAAAGUAAA